GCUCUGCAGAUGGCGGCGGCGGACAGCGUGACCAGGGCUACACUAGGAGCCGUGUUUGGCGUAACAACCUGCCUCACUGCCCAGGUCCGAGAGGAACCAGAGGAUCCCUUGAACUACUUCAUAGGUGGAUGUGCAACUGGAGCUGCCAUAGGUGUAAGAGCUCACAGUUACAUGACUGGCACCACCGCGUGUUUGGGGCUUGGAAUUGCUGCUGCUCUGAUGAAGAUCGGCAACAAGGAGGGCUGGAGGCUGACGGGGCCUCCCAAGCUGUGA